CACAAUAUUAGUCUAAUGGGCGUGCAAUUUAUAUCAAAAUGUAUAAUUUAAGCAUUUUGUGCUAUAAACAAUAGUGUGUGUGUGUGCGCGCGAGCUGUCGAAAAACUUUAGAAUUUAAGCAAAGCCAAAUGUAAAAGUCUAUCAACAGAAGUAUCGCAAUAAAAUCAGAAGCAACAGCAGCAGUGAAAUUGAAUAAAAACUAUCGCAUUUUCGGAAAGAAAGGAGUAAACGUGCGUCAAAAGAACAAUUUACGAAAAAAAGGUCGAUUAAAGACUUGAACCGCAUCAAAAAAAACCAAAUUAGUUAAUCGAAGUGAAUGCAGUGCGGACGAGUUAAGUGCAAAUAAAAAAAAAAACAAAACUUCAUUCUUAAAUUCAAUGGAUUAGAACGUGAAUUGGAUCUGGAAUACACAACAAAACACACACUCAUCGCGUCCAGAAAAAGUUCAACAAAAAAAUAGAACGGAUAUUUUUUCGCCAUACCAAUUCAUGACCUGUGUGCACACUAAUACAUGUAUCGCGAAAACAACAGCAAAGGAGACAAAUAAAAUAAUAAAAAACGCACGUAAACGACAAAUUGAAAUUAGUUAAGUGAAAGAGAAUAGAACGAUAACACAAUGGCUUUGGUGAUCAAGAAAAUUGUCGACUAUUAUUUUUAUCUCAACGAUGAAAUCAGUGAUCCGAGAGUACGUGAUAUGUUGUUCAUGUCAAAUCCGUUUACAAUGUUUGGCAUUCUUGCGGUUUAUCUAUGCUUCAUCCUGAAAUGGGGACCCAAAUACAUGAAAAAUCGCAAACCAUUCAACAUAAAUAAAUUAAUCAUCGUUUAUAAUAUCAUACAAAUUAUAGCGUGCGCUCGUCUUGUUGCCCAAGCAUUUCAGCAUGUGUACAAGUUCAAAAAUGGAUACAGUUUCUUGUGUCAACCGGUGGACUUUACCUCUGGCACGGUUCCACUGAUCAUUGCAAAUGGAUGUCAUACAUAUUUUUUGUUAAAAGUGGUCGAUCUAUUGGAUACAGUAUUUUUCGUGCUACGAAAAAAGGAUAAGCAAAUCACAUUUUUACAUUUGUACCAUCACACCGGAAUGGUUCUAUUAACAUGGAAUGCAACGAAAUUUUAUCCAGGCGGCCAUUCAGUAUUCACUGGUUUUUUAAAUUCAAUCAUUCAUGUUGUAAUGUACGGUUAUUAUCUGGUGAGCGCAUUUCAACCGCAAUACAAAAAUAAUAUCUGGUGGAAGAAAUAUAUAACGCAAAUACAAAUUAUUCAAUUUUUCUUGAUUAUGGUCCAUUGGUUGGCCUUGCUAUUUCAAUCGGACUGUGGAUAUCCAAAGUUUCCCGUUGCCAUAAUGGUGCCGCAGAAUCUAUUUAUGUUGGCAUUAUUUGGUGAUUUCUACUAUAAAACUUAUGUGAAGGAAAGGAAACUGCGCAAGAAACACGAUGACAACAAAGGUGACAACAAUGAUAAAAACAACAACAACAAUUCACCACCAAUGACCGUUGAAAAUAACAAUAAUGGCACAAUCAAAACAAUGGCUAACGGUAAUGGCAUUACAUGCAGAAAUAAUGUGAAUAAUCAUUAUUCUAGCGGUACAACUAAAGCAAAUGGAAUUUCAAUUAGUUUGUAAAAUACUCCGAUUUUUGUUUUUAUUUAAAAUAGUAGUAAAUGUUAAGCAGCUAACCAAAACACAAGAAAAUGAAUAUAAAUUUUGAAAAUAUGACAAUCAACUGCAAAAUGAAAUAUGUAUUUAAAAAAAAGCACGAAAACGAAAGAGAAAUGAUGAAUAAAAAAAAAUAUAAAUGAAGAAGAAUCCAUUAUGACAAGGAACAACAAAAUCAACUGCUCCGAUACACACAUUCAAAUGCAUAAUUAAUAUAUUUGUAGACUGUAUGACUCAUUAAUUAAGUUCAAAAGUAUCGCGCACACAUAAUGCACAGACGCACUGACAAUAGCAUUUGCAUAACACACACAUACGUUUAAAAACGUAUGGGCCAGGAUUAUUUAGCAACAAUUUAAUAUCAAUGUUGUGUAUACCCCAAAUUGUAUGAUAGUGAGCUAAAUAAAUAAAGGAUGACACGAAUUAAAACAAAAACCAAGAAGACAAAAAAAAACUAACCAGCACGAAUACACAGUCAAUAUGUAA